GGUGUACCUACCAUACAGUUAAAAGCCGGUGUUAGCAAAGAUAAACACGUCUUAGUUAGGUUUAGUUGUGUUUUUUUGUGUGACUACAGGAGUCAGUCUAAUAGCAGAACGACAGACACAACUGCUCAGUUGACUGUUAUUGAAAACAUGGACAGUUAGCAAAGGCUAAAUGCCGGUGUGUAGCCCUGAAGUGGACAGACUUUCACGAGCUAACGUCUCCACAGUAGAAUCAGUUUACUUUACAGUCCUCUUAGGAAGUUGACUGAACGCAUGUGGACCCCGUGUUGCAGGUACAGAGGAGGCCAGCAGGCAUGGCGGGCAGGGGCCGUGGAGUGGGUGCGUUUACCUUCAACAUCGAAGCUCUGGGCAUCGGCAGGGGCAGCAUGCCAGAAGCCAGGGUGGGGCCCAACCCUCUGUUUCCAACCACGGACUUCAAACCAGUUCCACUGAAAGCUGGCGAAGAUGAGAACUACAUGCUGGCCUUAAAACAAGAGAUGAGAAUAACAAUGCAGCGGCUGCCGCACAACAUCAAGAAUCAUUCCAACAAAGCAGAAGUGGAGAGAUACACGGAGAGAUACCUGAAGCUAACCCAGAUUGACGAUGAGAACUGGACUCCAGACUGGAACCUCUUUCCGAAAGAAUUGAUGCCCAAAAAAAAGAAACCCCUUGCUAAAGCAGGCACAAAGAAGAAAACUGUGAAGCCUUUUCCAAAAGACACGGAGGCCAUACUGAGUAAAUUAGAUGAACUGGCGAAGAAAGAUGACGGGAACCCUGAACAAUCGGACGACGAGACCGAAAAGAAAAAAGCGAAUGAGGAUGAAGAAGAAGUUGAAGAGGAAAACUAUGAUGAAGAGGACAUCGAAGAGGACAACGACUACAUUGAAAGCUAUUUUGACAAUGGCGAAGACUUUGCUGCAGACAGUGAUGAUAAUAUGGACGGAGAAGCAACGUACUAAGACAGCAUGUGUCAAACUUGUUUCCAUGAAUAGUCACUACGCCUUGAUUCUGUUGUAGAUAAGUUUGAAGUUAAGUUUAGCAGAGGAGCUUUAUGCUGUGUGAUCUUGAUAAGUGAAGUUUUCUUUAAUGAACGAUGUAAAUAAGAAAUGCCAAAAUGUGUGCACACUGGCAAUAAUUUAUGCAAAAUAGAUUUAUUUAUUCUCCAGCCUGUAGCACAUUUCCACAGGUUGAAAGGCACAUACUGUCAACAACAUGAUGCUUUGUCAUAAAAUAUCGAGACAAUUGUGAUCAAAUAAAAGGGCUAAAUAAAGUCUAAAAGUUCAUAAUUACAAGAACAGGUCAUUGUGGAGUAGUGUGCAUUUUCCUAUUCUCCUGCUGUGCCCUUUUUUUCUUCUUUGUUUUUAAAGGAAAUAUACAAAUAAAAAAUGCAGUUCUCUCCAGGCAAGCAAAGACAAAAUCAAGCAACUAAUGGAAAUUCAGACAUAAUUUAACUGGUAGUACUCCCAAUACUGAUAGCAUAAGUAAAGGCUAAUGCCCAAUAGUCUGGAAAUAAAUUAAUUCUAAUUAAACACAAUGGCAGCAAUUACAGUCGUCUGGCAAACUGUGUUGGAAAAUAUACACGAUAUACUAACAAAAAAGAUGGCUGUACCAAACUGAGUCAACACUGUUUUAAACCAAAUCCACAACCAGAAUGAUUUCUCUGCGUGCAGUCACUCAAAACUAAACAUACUGAAAGAUAAAGUAGCUCCUUCAGUGUGUGUGUGUGUAGCCUGAUUGAUAAUGUAGCAGCAUGGGUGAUAGCAAAACAAAUCCACUG